AUGACUUGGAAGGCCUCCUCUUUGCGUCGUGCAUUUCUUGGUGCUACAAUCAUCGCCGCAUCUAUCGUGGAUCCUCGCGGCGCACUAGCUUCAAUUGAAGUGGCUGAGGCUUGUGCAACAUCUGGUGGUAACUGCGGCAACAUCCAAACCGGCCCAAACUGCUGUCCGUCCGGCCAAUUCUGUCAACCGUGGAACCCAAGCUACUACCAAUGCAUCAACAAGCCUGCUAGAUGCUCCGUGCCCGAAGUCGGCAUUGACUACAAAGGCCAAGAUCUCAUUAAUGGUGAUGUGACUGGGCUCAAACUCCCAGAGGAUUGUUGCAAUCGAUGCUCGUCGACUGCGGGGUGUGUGGCAUUCACGUUCGUGAAUAUCGGAUGGGAUGGCCAACCGCACUGUUACCUGAAGUCCGGGACUGGUACGAAGCUGAGUAACUCGGGGGCGAUAUCUGCAACUGUCACCUCCAGCACAGCCUCAAACCACAUCCAAGCCAAAAUACGCAGUGGUGCCGCAAAGUCGAAGGCUGUCAAUCUCGGUGGCUGGCUGGUGAGUGAAUACUGGAUGUCCUGGGACUCCCCGUUGUGGACUGGAGUGCCAAGCACCACGGCAUGGCAAGGUGAAUAUAAUGUCAUGAAAUACCUCGGAAAGACAAAAGGAACUGCUGCGUUCGAGAAACACCGUCAAACCUGGAUCACCGAGGCUGACAUCAAGGAGAUUGCUGCCACCGGUAUGCUCAACACCGUUCGCGUGUCUGUCGGACACUGGAUUAUUCGUGACGCGACCACCUCACCUGGUACAGAAGCAGAUAUGUUUGCUCCUGGAGGACUGAAGUACCUCGACACUCUGAUCAACACAUGGGCAGUCAAGUACAACAUCGCAGUGAUAAUCAGCCUCCAUGCUCACCAGGGUAGCCAGAACGGCUUCGAACACAGCGCCCCUAUGACCAUCGGGAACGUCGGCUGGGGUUCAUCGCAAACCAAUAUUGACAACUCGCUCAAGUUUGCAACGUUUCUCGCUGCGAGGUACAGGAACAGCCCGGCGUUCCUAGGUUUGGCUUUGAUGAACGAGCCAACUCCACCUAUUGACCGAACAGUUCUUCAGAAUUAUUACAUCCAGGCUUAUAAGCAAAUCCGCGCUACGGGUAACAUGUGCAUUCUGUUCGUGACUCCGUUCCUGAGUGAACAAGACGCCGAUCACCUUUAUGGUAUGAUUGGAGCUCCUCAAUACGUGGGCGUGUGGAACGAGAUCCAUGCCUAUUUCAUCUGGGGUUACGCCGGCAAGACCGAGACGGAAAUACUGGCCGAGCUCGACAAGUAUGACCAGACCCACCUCAAAGCCGUACCAACUAACAACCGCCUCUUCAUGGGGGAAUGGUGCAUGGGAGGACCUCCCGAUCAGACCGGCAUAUUCCAGAAUUUAGACAACUUUCGAGAGUUGGGCCGGAAACAACUUGCAUACUACAACGCAGACAUAACGGGUGGUUGGGCUUUUUGGACGUGGCGGCACUCUGACGAGACGAUCAAGCGCACGGGCUGGUCGAUGCGCUAUCUGAUCAGGAGUGGCUAUCUCAAAUUGACCUGA